UCCAAGGAGGAAAAAUAAAGCAUCAAGAAGUCUUUUGAAUAUGAUCCGUAAAAUAAAAAAAAAUAAUUUCAGACAUCAGUCACAUCACUUCAAACAUAACAAUACUGGUUGCAGUAAAGUUUACAGAUCGAAGGAACGUUUUGGUUCAAGACGUGUUGUUCACCACAUGUUUCAAAGACCUGAAAGUCAAACUGUUUUUGGUCCUCGAUCAAAUCAUGGCCUUGCAAAUCCCCACCAUGGAAUUGGAAAUCGCCAUCAAGGAAUUGAAGAACCUCACCGUGGAAUUGGAAAACUUGAUCAUGGAGAUAGAGCUUUUAUCAGACACCCAGGCCACGCUAUUCCACACAACUUCAGCCAUGGACAUACUCUUGAUCAAAGAGGUCCAAGCUGUGGAUUCGGUAGCAACUUAAAUACGUAUGAGAAUAAUCCAGGACCUGGCACCACUACAUUUUCUACUCUUGAAGUCGUUGUCGAGGAUGACAGUGACGUUGAAAUUGUAUAUGAAAACUCUGCAUAAACGGGACGAUUGUGACACAAGUUUAUCUAAGACAAUAAUGUCAAUGUAUAUUUCAGGACAAUUAAAUAUAACAGAUGCAAAUAAUAUAUUUAUCACAACCAAGAAAACAGACUAAGAAGAUUAACAUUUUAGUGGUGAAAAAUAAUUGAAGCUGAUGAUUUGGAAGUUUGAAUUGAACACUUAAAAAGUGAUUCAACUCUGUUACUUUUAACUCAAUCUACUUGGCAAUGAAAAAAUAUGUAUUUUCUAUCGUACAAUGUGUUUAUGUUUAAAAAUGUCUUGUAAAAAAUGUAUCCCUGUGUAUUGAUUAACCCUAAGCAUUUUUUAUCUUGGAAACAUCAUAAAUAAUAUUCCUGCUUGGCAAAUAAACUAAAUAAUAUUGCUAUAUUUAAUAUUUUUCAUAGCAACUCAGUUUCAUGUAUUGCCUAUUUGAAUUAUAGCAAAGGCAAACUCUUCAUCAUGAGUCAUUGAACAGUCAUUCAAUUAAUUUAUGACGUGGCAAUAUUAGCAUGUUUGGUCUAAGGUGUGUUUUAUUUAAAUGUACUCUGUGUCUAUAAAAUUACUACAAAAUAGAGAUAAAACCCCUCAGCGCUUUAGGGAUGAUUUAUUAAAAGGCAACUUAAACACAAUUAUUAUAUAGAAAUUAUAUAACUGAAACAGUGUGUGCCUGUGAAACCAGUAGGCCUUAUGACAAGUUUGUUUUCCAUAACGGUAAGUUUUAACCUGAACAUUUUAAAACUUAAACCUGAGAUUGUUUUUGAAUAUUAUUUCCAAAGCUUGCUGGACACCAUGUGAGAAGAAUUUUCAAUUCGAGUUUAUUCCAAUUUUGUGAAUGAGUUUGUAAAUGAGUUGGAUUUGUUUGUGUUUAAAAAUUCAUUGUAUUCCUCCUUGCUGACU